CAUCCAGCGCCGUCACGACUAUCGGCCGCCCUCGACUUCCAGCCUCUCGCUUGCUCAACGUCGACUCUCCUUUACACUCAUCACCGACGACUCGAGAAUCCCAUUCAUUCGUUACCCACCAGUCACAAUGGCAAGCGGCGCGCAGUCAUUCUAUGAGCUCUACCGUAGGAGCAGUAUCGGGCUCGCCUUGACUGAUACGCUGGACGAUCUGAUUAGCGAGGAGCGCAUCCACCCGCAGCUGGCGAUGAAGAUCUUGAGCAACUUCGACCAGGCUAUUACCGAGGCGCUUCAAAAGAACGUCAAGAGUCGACUUCAGUUCAAGGGGAGCCUAGAUACCUACCGAUUCUGCGACGAAGUCUGGACUUUCUUAAUCAAGAACGUGACAUUCAAGAUGGACAACGGCAACGUCUCUGUCCAGGCCGACAAAGUCAAGAUUGUCAGCUGCAAUGCUAAGAGACCUGGCGAGGGACAGUAAGGGUGUAUGAACCGAUUUGACAACUGAAGAGAUUGUAUGAAAACAGUACAGAGAGGAGGGCGAGACGAGCCCAAAUAAUCAUGCACGGAUGGCGACAGGACCGCCAGAGACGUGUGAAAUGGCGUUCUAAGGCUUGCAUUUGGGAUACAGGACAAGGGGAAAUCGCUUGAUUUUAUAUAUAACAAUUUGCACCUAUUGGGGAAUUUGGCUCUUUUGACGAAACCACCUUAUGAAAUAGACAAUACAGAUAAUUAUUUGCUUCAACACUGAG